UGGGAAGAUCAGAUCAGGUGAAACAAGCGGUAUAUAAAGGCGCACAGCCGCUCAGCAAAGCACUUUUGGAUGGUGCUGGACGCUGCCUUUUCUUGAUUCCUCAGAAAAGCACCGAAGCGGUCAAGAUGAAGGGGCUUGCUCUGGCGAUCAUGCUGUUGAGCGUUUACUGUCUGGAAGGCGCCGUGGUGGAACAGAAGCCCGAAGGCGAAGCACCGCCCCAGGUCCCUGACAUUACGGGGGCUUUGCAAGAGUACGCCCAGGUCCUCUCUCAAUAUUUCACCAGAGAGGUGGUGCCCCAGGAGAGGUUUGAGCAGCUACGAACCCAAGCCCAGGCAUUUGCUCAGCAGACCCUGAAACCUAUAACUGACCAAAUGACCGAGACGUUCAGCCAGUUUCUAGAGUCUGUAAAGGAAUCGGUGAUGAAAGCUGCCACAUAAAAAGUCUCUUCUUUAAUGAGUCCUCCAGCCCAAGCCCUGGAAGAAAAGCUUUGACAAGCAAGCACCUUGUUAUAACACGAAGACGGGUUUCAAAUCUCUAUCAGGCUGCAAUAAAGACAAAGCAAAUUUUAUCCUGCA